AUGGAUGGGCCAAAAGCUAUCAGAUAUUCGGAGAAUGGGUCUUUCUUUUUGGAAUGGAAAGCUUCUAUUGAAUAUAACAGAUCUGAUUUUUACGCCGGAUGUUCAAAGAACCCAGCCAUACGAUCACGCUUAUUAUCUUUAAAUGUGAAAGAAAUUCUUGGCAAAUGUGGAGCCCUGGUGAUACUAAGCCCGAUUGUUCGCGGCGCGGACGUAAAACUUGGAUAUUUUCCGUCUGACCAUUCUAUUCAGCAAACACGAACAUGGAAGGCAAAUAUCCAGGACAUAGAGCUACGAGAAAAUUCUUACGAAGAGGAAAUAGUUUCUGAAUAUUUGUACAUAUUGACUAUAUUUAACUUUGAAGACAGAGAUGAAGGAACGUAUAUUUUAUGUUGUAAUUCAGAUGGACACACGGAUUCUGUGCAGCUUCAUAUUUCAGAACCACCGAGUUACCCAGUCCUCGGUCCAAAGUCCGUUGACUUUAAAACAACAGACUGUAUUUAUGUUUAUGGAGAUUCCGACAUAUAUUGCCAGACUGAAAAUGGAACAGAACCUGUACAAGUGGCACUUUUACUGGGACAGGAUUCAUAUGUUCUUGCUGAAAGCAAAUUGGAUAAUGGGCUUUACCUAUUCAGUAACAUUUAUCAACAAAUGGCUGGACUGUCGAGAUCGGAUGUGACAUGUCAGGUUUCAAAUGCAGCCAUUGAAAAACCAUUCGAAGUGCACGGCAUUAGAAAGGUAGCCCACCCGUUCUAACAGUUCCUGAAUUUCUUGAUGGUGAAAGCUCGACAAUAAUCUGUGAAGUGCGCAAUGCUUUACCGGCUCCGGUAAUAGAAAUUCAUGUUGGCAAUAUUUUGAUAUCUGAUGUUCCGCAAACUGAUUUAUUUAAUGGAUCUUCUCAUACUUUUACAAGCACAUCUAAGGUGACAAAGACUAACAAACUGUGGAAUGGAAAAGAAAUGUGUUGCACCUGUAAACGUAUUGAUGACUUUGGAAUAGCAGAUCAUUCCAUAUGCAAAAACAUCAGUAUCAAAUGUAAGUUUAACUAGCUUAAUA